AUGGUUGGAUAUGGUCAUCUCGACGGCACCAAAGCUUACCGCAUCUAUAUCCCAUCUCAGCACCGUGUCAUCCUUUCUCGUGAUGUCAUCUUCAUGGAGCCCUCUGCACCGCCUUCCGACGACUCUCGCGACCCUCCAUCGUCAUCUCCACCCACAUCCUCCUCACUACCUCCUCCUACACACCCUUCUUCCUUGGACCCAAUCUCCCCUCCCUCUCCUUCCCCCACUAUACCUUCCUCCACCAACCCCCACCCACAAUCCCCAAACCUGCCCGCACCAGCCACAUCUUCUCCUCCUCCAUUGUUUUCCAACCUUCCUCUGCCCUCGACGCCGCAAGACUUUCACCUUCCAUCCUUCUCUCCUCCCUCUUCGCCUCCCCCUCCCCAUUGCACGACUCGCUCCUCCCCGCCAUCCCCUUCAGCUCUUCCCGAUCCUUCCCUUUUCUCCUUCCUCAAGGUCUUACCAUCCCCUUCCGAACCCAUUGACUUCACUCUUCCUCCUCUUUCCAACACCUCUGCCAAUGCUGCCCUUCACCAUCAUUACGAACCUCAAACCAUUCAUGAGGCUCGUACCGGCCCUGAUGCUGCCGAAUGGAUCAAGGCUGCUGAUGCGGAACUCGCUGCCCUGCACGCUAAUGACACCUACAGCAUUGUUCCUCGACCACCCAAGUGCAAGCCGAUUCCAUGCAAAUGGAUUUUCAAGGUCAAGGAGAACGCUGAUGGGACAUCCUUGAGGGGGGGUGUUGUGGAAGCAAGAAUGUCCCAGUGGGUACCUUUGGUACUUUCCACUCCAUGCUCGGAAUUACCUAAACCAUCUGUCCACUCCCCCCUUUUUCUUUUCAUCCUUUGCCCCAUUCCUGUCUCGCUCCCCUUCCCCUUCUCCGCUUCCUUCCCCCCCCUUCCCCCUGUCCGCUCCCGUCCCCUUCCCCCUGUCCGCUCCUCCCCCCUGUCCGCUCCCUUUCCCCCUGUCUGCUCGCGCCCCUCCACUUCCCCUUGUCCGCCUCCCCUUUUUCCCUGUCCUCCCUCCCCUCAUCUCUACAUCAGACCAUUCGAGUGGUCGACCAGCUCACAGCAGUGGCAGCUGAAGUCGUUUCCUUCUCCAAGGCAAGCUGUCCGUCCUUCCCCGCCUUCCUCUUCUGCUUAA